AUGAUGAAACGUCUUCUCUCAUUAUUUGCUGUGUUUGUGUUGUUCAUCGUCCAAACAGAUGGCCAGUACUACGGUGGCUAUCCAUCUUAUCGCUACGGAUUUAACCCAUACGGCGGUUUUAAUCCAUACGGCGGCUUUUAUCCAUACGGCGGUUUUAAUCCAUACAGCGGUUCUAAUCCAUACGGCGGUUCUAAUCCAUACGGCGGAUACAAUCCACACGGAGGCUUCGGCAGUGCUGCUAAUCCAUUCGGAGGCGCCAUUUACACCACACCUUCGCCCACCGAAGGGGAUGGCCUAGUUUACUGGCUGACCAAGACUUUUGGCAACCGCACUUCUCAAAGUACGCAAGGCUCGUGGCAAAGUGCUUUAACAGGAGCAGCGGUUGGGGGAUUGCUUGCGGCAGCUCUCGGGAAGAAGUGA